UUACUUGCAGCCUGGCUGUCUGAGAUGGACGGUGCAGAGGAGGUGCGAGUGGAAGCUGCCCCAUACUGCUGCUCCACCUGUGAUGGAGGGGAGGUUGCCGGCCGCAGCCUGGCUCGACGCAACAGGAAGGCCCGCAGCCUGAGCACCUCCUCAGCCAGCAGCUCCUCUGAGUACAGGAGGCCUCAGUCACUUCAUGGACCAAGUCCUGUGACCACAUUCGGCCCAAAGGCAUGCAUGCUCCAGAAUCCACACGCAGUAAUGCACAUCCAGGACCCCGCCAGCCAGAGACUGACAUGGAACAAGCCACCAAAAAGUGUCCUUGUCAUCAAGAAGAUACGAGAUGCCAGUCUGCUUGAGCCUUUCAAGGAGCUAUGCAUAUUCCUCACUGAGGUAAAAAACAUGAUAGUUUAUGUAGAAAACAAAGUUCUGGAGGACACAGCCAUAUCAGGCGAUGAAAACUUUGGGACCAUUACCAAGAAAUUCUGCACUUUCAGAGAAGAUCUCGAUGACAUCUCCAAUCGCGUAGACUUCAUCAUUUGUCUUGGUGGAGACGGGACUUUGCUGUAUGCAUCUUCGCUCUUCCAGGAGAGCGUUCCACCGGUUAUGGCCUUCCACCUGGGCUCCCUGGGCUUCUUGACGCCUUUUAAAUUUGACACCUACCAGUCUCAGGUCACCCAAGUUAUUGAAGGUAAUGCUGCCAUCGUCCUGCGAAGUCGCUUGAAAGUCCGGGUGCUAAAAGAGAACAGGGAGAAGAAGGCCAGAGUGGACGAAAAGGGCAUCAUCCUGACUAAUGGGGACAUCGAAAGUAGCCGGAAAGCCACGCAGUAUCAGGUACUGAACGAGGUGGUGGUGGACAGAGGACCCUCGUCCUAUAUCUCCAAUGUUGACCUCUUCCUGGAUGGACACCUCAUUACCACAGUGCAGGGAGAUGGCGUGAUAGUAUCUACACCUACAGGAAGCACAGCGUAUGCAGUGGCAGCAGGAGCGUCCAUGAUCCAUCCCAACGUCCCAGCCAUCAUGAUCACCCCCAUCUGCCCACACUCGCUCUCCUUCAGACCCAUCGUGGUGCCUGCCGGGGUGGAGCUCAAGAUAAUGCUGUCGCGUGAUGCCAGAAACACAGCCUGGGUGUCAUUUGAUGGAAGAAAGAGACAAGAGAUCUGCCACGGAGACAGUAUUACCAUCACCACUUCCUGCUUCCCCGUUCCCUCCAUCUGUUUCCGUGACCCGGUCAACGACUGGUUUGAGAGCCUGGCUCAGUGUUUACACUGGAACGUGAGGAAGAAGCAGAACUACCUCUGCUCAGAAGACGAGGAGUUCUGAGGCCAUUUCCGUGAUCUUCAAGGUCUUCUCGAAGGUCUCUAGGACUCCUAAGUCUUGGGUUUAACUUAACGGCUCUGUGCCGUUUAGUUUUGAAUGGGAGGUCCCACCAAACUCCAUUCAGAAAAGUGUGUCAUAAUGUUGUCUUUCAUGUGUAUUAAAAUUAUUCCAUAGAAUCCUGUGGUAAAUUAACACAUUUUAGACCAAACAACACUCUUGCUUUGGUCCUCCAUGUUUUAUUCUGGUUUAAUAAUAUAAGAAUAAGAGGCAAAUUAUGAAACCCCAAAGUGUUAAGUGUAAUCAUAAAGGCAAUUAGUAAAAUAUAUAAACAAAUACUUUAUAAAAUAAAUACAUAAAUGAUUGAAACUCAAAUAAUAAUUAUUGUUAGUAUUAUUAGUAAUAUAAUCUUUCUUGUUUUUAUAGUAGGGAGCCCCUAAGGGCAAAACAAAACCCCAAAACCUUGUUUCUCAUGCCCACCAGAAGGUAUGUGGGGUGCACAAGAGUAUCCCAUGGGAUACCUUCUGGUGAGCACAAGAUACUUGUAUCUUGGAUCUUCACGAGAUUCUAUCUGGUGCACACAAGAUACUUUUUGGCCUAUGUCCCUUAGGGGCUCUAUAUUGUAGUAAACAUAGGCAGUUGUGGAGUCUGCUGAGAGGCUGGAGGCAUGGAAUUGGCUGAAAGGUGAGGAGGCGGAGACUGGUGACAGCUCCACUCCUGAAAAGUGGAAAGAAAAAUGCAAAUAUGAAAUGGAAAAAGGGCGUUUUUAAAUAAAUCUGCCUGUAAUGAAACAACUUAUUUUUUCUCUUACUAUAAAAGUAAAAAAGCACACUUUGGGGCUCCAUAGAAAGCAAAUCUGAUUGUUGAGCCUAAUCAAACUCACUCAUGCUACUCCGAGAACAGAAACACACAAAUAACCUACCUAGGUUUGUAUGUUAGAAGUAUGCAGCAUUAAUGACGACUCUGUACAAUUCCCCAAAAUAUAUUUUGUCAUGUUCUACAGUGGAAGCAUUUUAAAAUUGUAGAUUUUUAAAUGGAGUUUGGCCCCACUAUUAGUCCAGAAUUUUGCCUGUGCUUUCUUUCUGUAUGCUGUGAAAUCUGGCCUUUUGAAGUCAAAAUGCAGUUUGUUGAUUAUGAUUUCACUAGUUCUUAAAAGGAAAUGCACAAUUUAGGAUGACCUUAGACUAAAACACGCUGUCAGUUGUGGAUGGCAGUUGCAGUGCAAAUACUCUUGAUGGGUGUUAUCAGGUCUGUUCUAGCACUUUUUAAUCCCUAAGACAGAUGGCAGAGACACAUCUGCUACUUUAUAAACAUCAAGUUCUCAUCAAGUCACCGAGUUCUCUCAGUUAGGUGAAGGCGGAGUUAAGUUUCUCUGGAAAAUUCUAAAAAGAAAAACUUUCAUCAGUGAAUGAAACAUGCUUUAUACUAUCUAUUUUUAGGUGCACCCUCGAGAAGUGCAGAUUUACAGUACAUAUAUUUGGCAACAGUGGCCCAACUGUACAGACUGUGCCUUAAACACUGGUAUCAUUAAUGUAAAGAAAUAGUAUUUUUAAAGGUUUACAUCAUGGAUCUUUUUAAUCACACACUUGCACAGAUCUGUGAUUUGUGCAUUUUCAAUGUACCCGCACGUUGACAGUUGUCUUUGCUGUCUGCAGCGCGUGACACAUGAUUGACUAAUUUAACGUAGUAUGUCCUAUAAAGUCUCUGUUCUGUAGUCGGUGUGUUGGAUGAUAUGUCAAGAAUAUGAGGAGGUGAAAUUCAUUCCAGGCAAAGAGACGACAGUUCGGCAUCUUUUUAACAUCUGUUUUUUAUAAUGUCCUCUAAGCUAAGCCAUAGCUGAACUCUGUAGGUUUUAAAGACCAGUGUCUGUGGCCUGUGUGAUUUAAUGGUCUGUGUGAGUAUGUUGAAGAAUUUAAUUAUUUGAUGAUGAUUUUGGUGCAUACUUUAACAGUUUGCUACAAGUCUGUAACUGUGCUGUCUUGGCUGAGUACUUUAAGGUGGCCUACCUUACAUGUCAUGUCUACAUGUUAAUGUAUACAUUGUGAAUUUGCUCAACAAACUGUGUCUGGGUGAAAGGAAGAAACAGUGGUGUCACAACUCUCAAAUGGGCCAACUGAGCUCUGUAAGGCAAUCAUUCCUUAAACAGAGUAUGUGUAAAUAUAUAUAUGUGAUGCUUGAAUAGGAUGUAUUUUGUAAAGUCUAUUUGUCUAUUAACCGGUUUACAAUGUAUCAUUGCUGAAAAUAAAUCUAUUUGGUACUUUUUUACAUUAAUAA